GCCAUAAGCACGCCGUCAACCCUUCGGCGCCGGCCUCAAACCCAUUUGCACAGCGUCCAAGGUAAAUGAAGCAACGCUGUGGUGCUUAACGCGAGCAAACCCUUAUUCUGCUCGCGGGAGAAGCUCAAGGGUCGGAGAGGUCCCGACGCCACCUUGCCCCCACUUAAGGGCUUCUUCUCUGGUUUGAUCUACAUUCAAAGUCAUGUAUUUUACGCAGCACAGCUGAUCGGCGCGAAACAGCGACGGUUUCGUGGGCAGGGUCGAGAGCCUUCCGCAAGUGUGAGCCUUGACUGAGGCCUUGAUCAGUAUGCGGCUCUGAUCAGUACGCGAAACAUUUUAGUGCACACCGUGUAAACGCGCGCUUUCGGCUGCUCUGGUCUCAGGGGGCCGCGUUGUGUCGCUCUCCCUCCCACCAGGCUGUGCAUGACGCGAGGCGCGGGUUUUCCUUCGCUCUUGUGCCAGGCCUAAGUCCAGUCUCAACACAUAUAUACACUUCGGUGCUCUUACAAACGUUUAAGAAGACACAAGACCACGAAGAGAGUUCUGCAGUGGGGCCUCGGCGCGCCAAGUCUGCGCCGCUCCUACAGCGCAGCCGACGUCAAGACAACUAGCAUCAGCCAUGGCUUCUGAGCUUCUGCGGGCGGCCAGCUAUCCCGGGGUCAUCGGAGUUGAGUUCUUGGACUGCGAGCUGCCCGCGGAGAGCGAAGCGCAGGCCGCGAGCACUUCAGGAGCACCUGUAGAACCUAAGGAUGCGGCUGCCCAGCGGUCGCACGGUGGUGUUGGGCUUGGCGACCUCACGUAUGCCCAUGGAGGACUUUCAGCACGCGCUCUGCGCCCCGGGGCAUCCAGGUUCACUUGUGGGGGCCAGGUAUUAAUGGCAACAUCCGGAAACGGUGUUUCAGCGCUCGCAAGCGCUGCGCCAGAAACCUGGGUACCAACCAUGACCUGCGCGCCCAGGCCCAGCGACUCCUGCCUGCCCGCGAGCGCGGCGGAGCUUCGUGAGCCUGUGACGAGCACGAUUGGCCGGUCGACAUCGCCGUUCGACGCGGAGAGGCCGUCGUGUCCGCACCUUCCGGCGAUGGGGCACCUAACCCCGCACCAGGCCCCGGCGGGCCUCGCCCCGACGUGGGGUGAGAGCAGCUUCGGCAUCCAUGGCUUGGCGGGCGGCGAGUGCGGCGGCGGCUCGAUGUGGGACUGUGAGCCAGUCGCGCCGGCGGGGCCCUCGGCCGAGGGCUUAGACGCCCUGUCCUUUGCCUUCAUGCAGUCGCAGCAGCCGCACGACCAGCUCAUCAGCCGGCCGGGCCUGUCCGUGACGGAGCACCCCUGCACGCUGCUGCGGGCGCCCUCCGGCGGCUACAGCCUCAUCAACACCGCCUCCAUUGCCGCCGCCGCGCCGCUCGACGCCGCGGCGGUGAUCCUGCCGCAGCCAGCGGCGGCGGCCGUGCCGGCCGCCGCCGCCACGCCCGCCUGCUCCGAGUCUCGGACAUCGCCCACGCCCUCCACGGACCAGCAGCAGCCCGACGCCACCAGCGCCCAGACGUCGUCCGGCGCCACCAGCAGCUGCGGCGGCAGCGACAUGCCCGAGAACGCGGCCGCGGAGGUGCAGCAGCGGGCGCCGGAGGCGCCGCCGGCACCACUGCCGCUGCCGCAGGAUGCGCAGGCGUCUGCGGUUCCUUCGGUAGCGGUGGAAGUGGUCGUCGAGGAGGAGGAGGAGCUGCGGCCGGUCGCGGUGCAGCAGGUGGGGCCGCCGGGGACUGCCGCCCUCGCGGCCAUGCGGGCGUCGGGCCGCAUGGCGCUGGCGGCGGUCCCCGCACGGGUGGGCCAGAAGCGGCGCGCGGCCGCCACUGCGGCGGCGGUGGUGCUGGAGGCGGCCCGGGACGACGAGGAUGACGAUGAGGACUACGACGAGCGGGAAGAGGCGGGCGGCGCGGCGGGUCGCGGCAACACCAAGCGCAUGAAGCGGGUGGGCGUGCCGCGCACCACCACCAACAAGCCCAAGACCGGUGUCACGUGCCGCAACUGCCGCGCCACCGAGACGCCGCAGUGGCGUUGCGGCCCCGAGGGCCCCCGCACGCUGUGCAACGCCUGCGGCGUGCGCUACAAGAAGGGCCAGACGCUGGAGUACAUGGCGAAGAAGGCCGCAGCCGCAGCCGCCCGCGGCCGCAACGGCGGCGGCGACUACUGAAGUACACGCCAAGUUGCGCGAGGUGCCUUGCUGGCGUAAGCACUCGCGCGUGUGCUGCGUGUAUGGCGGAGCGCAUUGCAGGGCGUGAGCGCCUGCUGCAGCAAUAAUAGCAGCAGCAGCAGCCGUAGCAACAGCAGUAGCACCUGCAACGUGCAGCGCCGCGGCGCAAUGUGUGGAGGUGCAGGCGGAGCAGGCGUGGAGCAGGCGUCUGUUGUCGUGUGCAUUCUGACAGGGUGCGGCGCUCAUACGCCGGAGCCGUGUUUGCGGCUGACGCAGCCGUCUGCCCGGAGCGUUAAGAGAGAUUGGCAGGAUGUUUGGCGAUUUUCCCCUCAUUGCAGCAGCAAAGAAAUGCAGCAGCAGCAGCGGGGGACAGCCGCUCGCGAAGUCAUCACGGUGACGACGGCUGACCCGGUCUCGCCGCACUGUGCGGGUCCGGUGGACCGGCGGCGGCGAUUGUGGUAGCCAUUCGUGUUGUUUGUCGAUGGGCGCGGUUGUAUGCACGUAACGCACCAGGGGCAUGCGUUGAAGCAAGUAGUUGGAGGCCUCAUGGGGCCGCAUCUUUGCGGCAUUUUCGUCAAAGGCGACGGCACACAUCUAUUGCGGACUGCAAUUGAACUGCAGAGGCGUGGCGUGGCGAGUGAACAUACGGCGUGGCAUGCGUGUCUUUGCACAGAAUUUCGCGCGGAGCGCGCACAUAAGCAUAAAACUACCCAAAAAGUAGAUCAGGAUCAGAGCUUGGCGGUGAACGCGGAUGGAGGCGCGUUGUUUGUCGUGUGACGUGAGCCGGUUGGUUCGUAUGCGUAUGGAGCGGGUGGGACUGAGCCAAAUGAUCUAGACAGUCUGCGGAGGAACUGAGCGGAAGGGUGGAUUCUAAUGGCGAGUCAGGGCUUGGGGUGGUGUGGCGCACACUCAGUUGCAACAGUGCGGCUGGACUUCAAGGGGGCAUUCGCGCACAUCCACACAUCCGAUGUUUGCAUGGCUGUGUCCUUCGAGUUCCUCCGGGUGCCUUAUGUGCGUGGUGUUAAAAGUGGGGUGGCACGGAGUCAGGUAUAGUCCUGCCAGCCGCGAAUGUGCGUGUGCGGAUGUGCGUGUGCAAUCUGGCGUGUGUCUUAGCGUUUGUCAUCGAGACCUGCGGCGGUGGCCUCUUGCCCCUGACCGGGCUGAAUAUCAAAAUAUUGAGUGUGUACGUAGGAGGCACCGAGACCAGCUGUACACGGAAACUCCUCCGCAAAAGUGUGCGCGUGUGUUUUCGAGUUUUAAUUGUUGUGUCACCCAUAUUGAUCAUCCAAAACGUAAAAAGUGUCCAGGGACCACAGAUGGGCGGCGUAGGCCUUGCUCCCUUCCCGUGUUGUUUGGUGGUGCGUAAAACGCGGCGAUCCCGUAUGGGUGCGCCGCCGCUCGAGUGUCUUCUUUCUCUCUCGUUUUGUUGGUACAGAGUCUGCCACGUCGUGUUGGCAGAAUUUGAUUUUGAACACGUGGUUUCUAAACUGCAACUUGCGGAUCAGGCCUGGGACGCGCCGGCGAUUUGGGGCUCCCGCUGGCCGACAACACAGCAGGUGGCGACGCAAAGGAACGGCAUGCGAUCGGACUGCAGAGAGCAUGGGUGUGCGCCAGAAGAAGGAAGCGAAGCGCGGAGGAGGGCACAUGUUUAUAAGUACUGAGACGUCGUAAGAACUGCACAGGGAGGCAGUGGCGGGACGGCGUUUUGAGGGCACGAGACGAGGCGUGAGGUUGCAGGGAGUGGCGGAGGGGUUAGCACUGUAACACGUGCCAUGCACGCAUGCUUGCACGCAUGAGGAUACUUUCUA